UUUGUAAUGUUUAGCAAAAUCUCGCUAUUCUCGGGAAUUCCCCCGAGAUCUGCCGAAUUCAGACGAAUGAAACGAGGAAUUUAAUUGGUCGUUAUAAAACAACAAGGCCAGUGUAUGGGAAAUUUAACUUGGCUUUCGAAGAACAAGUUUUGAAAGAAGAGAAGAAUGAAAUCAAAUUUUCUUACCUACAGUCAAAGAUGAUUCAACAGUGAUGAAGAGGACAUCUACGAGAACUGACCAUAUGCCAGGAAGGCAAACGAAGAAUAUAGUUGGCAAUGUUCCAAGUAAAAUUCCGCAGUGCAUUCAAGAAGAGAAGAAGAAAACAAAGGCCAUACCUGACUUUAAUAAGCUUCAUCAGAAAUGGCAAAGACAGCUGGAAAUCGGCAAAAUUUGUAGAAAGAAACCUCAAACUGUGCCGACUGAAUUUAAUUUGAGCAAAAGCAGCAAAUUGGAUAUAUUGAAGAAUACCAGAAAGGAGCUGUUCUCAGAUGAAGAUUUCCAGGCAGAUCAUAAGUCAUUGGACAACAUACUGCAUGGACUGCCGAGACGAGUGGUCACUUCACGGCGAGCCACCACAGCAACCGGAAAGGACAUGAAGAGGAGCCAGAGCUGUAACAGUCAUGGACAUAGACGGAUUCUUGGAGAGCUUCCUUGUGACCCAGAUCAGACGGCAAAAGCCAACAGACGCAGAAGUCGAAGUGCCAAUGCUGAUGUCCCCCUUAAGCUGCUCACGAAGAGUGCUGAGAUGAAAUUUGAGCCUGACCCACAAGCCUUACGGAGUAUCAUCAACAGCGAGGGAAUGACCCCGUUACGCGUGGCAGCCCCCAAGCGGCAGACAACCACUGGAGCUAUUAUCAGACAAGAAAGACCUUCAAUUUAUGAUGCCAUGACCAGUUCUCGACACAGGGAUUCUAAAUUUGCUGCAGUACGCAUGGCAAAAACGAAAAAUCCUAAUAAGCGUCCCAUCGGCAGCCCUGUACAAAGAGCAUCGCAGCCCAAGAGAGACCCUCCCAGGGAGAGAUCGAAAAAGCCUGUGGAAGAACAGUCGGUGUCAUUGGCAGAGGAGUUUGAGGUAGACCCUCAGUCCUUAAGGAACAUCAUCAACAACGAGAGUAUGACACCAGUGAGAGUUACUGCCCCUGUCAGGAGCACUCUUGGAGGACCCGUUAUGAGAAGGGAAAGGCCAUCAAUUUAUGAUGCCGUGACGAGCUCCAGGAAUAACUCGGUGUUUGGAAAUAUGAGACUGUCCGAUUACAAGCCUGGAAUUAGGUCUGGGAAGCUGAUUACAGGUUCCACUUCAUCCCCAGCACCUACAGGAUUUCCCCUGAAGAGGACCCCAGCUAAAGGCCCUGUGCCGGACCUCAUCAGAAGUGCCACCAAAAGUGAGGCAAGAAGAGUUCCAAGAAAUGGAAGCGGCAUCCUGACAGACAUAACCUUUAAGAAAGCCGGCGAACAGAAACAUGUUAAAUGGGCAGAUGUGUUUGAUGAAGAGCCUUUUCCCGAGGAAAAGAGCAAUGUUCAAAGGACUCUCUUCACUACCCUUGAGGACAACGAGGAAGAGGAUGAGGAGUGCAAGGAAAAUAUCUGCCCUCUAGUCAGAGGACCCACACCCGUUAACACACAUACACAGCCCAGCAGCAAUAGACCGGCCAAGUCUCCCACACCCAACAAUGGACAACAGAACACUGAGGCCAAUUGGGUUCACACAUUGACCAGUGAUCUAACUAACAAUAAAAACAGCAGCAUCACUCAGUCAGCUGGUUGGGAUUUGAAAACACAGAACUCCGGCAAUAUUUAUGGACUUGUAUCUUGUUUGAGCUAUGAUAGGAAGGUCGGUGGGGAAACUCGGGGCUCUGCCAGCAGCACGGAUGGAACUGUUUACAAAAGAGGACUUUUUCCUACCACUGCUGAUAAAGCAAAUUGUCACGAUGAUUCACCCCAUGUUUCUGAAGAUGUUUUACCAAUAUCUGGAGAUCGGAGCUGCAUCAGAGAGGGGGUGACUCAUACUUCUCCUGUACUACUGCAAGCCUACAGUCGCCACUGUGCUGGAGACACGGAACGCUAUAGUAACUCAAGAUCCGCUACCUGUUUACAACAGAAAGGACUAGAACCUGUAAAUCAAGAAUCCUCUUCACAACACUCAGAGCACCAAUUCUUACAAGGAUCGCCAAAUUCUGGGGACUCUGCAAGUAGUCUGCAAAAUUUACCUGGAAAUGUAGAUGAGAAAUCUUAUAAUAGAUUGCCAAUUACUGUUGGAAAGCAUGAGCAUUUGCAGUUAGGAAAUGUUCAAAUAAUUUCAAAUAAUUCGUUAGAUAGGAAGAGCAAGGAGAAUAGAGAGAAUGGACUUUUCAGAGACAACCGCCCGGUACAGAGACAGACAGACAAGCUCACAUUCGCUGCAUCAGAUGAUUGCAAUGUUUUUGUAAUCAAAGAAAACCAACCGAUUUCAAAUAGAUUUUGUACCCCAAUCAAAGAUGGCACAAAACAUGGAAAAAAUUAUGUUUAUGUUCAAAAUCAAGCACAAUAUGAAGGCCGUAAUUUUGCUUCUGAAACUGGAAAACUUAGCCAUUGUACAAAUGAUCUUGUAACCAUACACCAUGAGAGUGAUGUCAAAUUACACCAGGAACAGGUUACUAGAUCUUAUUCCACCAAUGCAUCAAAUUUAGGAGCUCUACACCAAAGGGAACAAUGUGAUACAAGAAAAGCUUUACUUUCUAAGGAGAUAUUGGUGGAGAGCACCGAGAAACAGUCAACAAUGGCAAUGUUUACCGAGACGGAUCAGGAUGAGAACAGCCAAGCACCCUCCUCAUCUGCUGGAGAACAGAGCACCAGCUGUGAGCGCACUCGCGACUCGGUGGGUAACUUUGUGGGGCGAGUCCAGAAGAGCAAAAAAAGACAGAGUAUCGCCGAGCUGAAUGAGAGCAUAUCGGAGUCGAACUUGCACAUGCAGAACUUGUGUCAGCAGGCUCAGAGUUUGAAAAAUCAGUCCAAGGCGAGACAAAACACCAACAUUAUGUACCAGCUAGAGCUGAUCCGCAAACAGCAGGAAGAGUUACUCAAACUGCAGAGGGAACUCCAGGGGCAGCUUCAAACAGAGGCCGAGUGUCAUGGGGUCGAAGGUCAUACAGACAACCAAUGGGGCAAGGACAGAGACAGUGCAAUGGAUGCACAAAUCAGUAACUUGAUUUCCUCAUCAGAACACAUGUUAACUUUACACAGUGAUAAAAGAUCACAGAAUUUAGAAAGCAUAGAUGAGGAGGAAAGAAAUAAUAAUAAUGACUUGCCAUUUUUAAAUUCCCCGGUAAAUCCUAAAUGUGCGGCACUAGAUUGUGUAUCAGUGACGAAGCCGUUCUUACUUUUAGAUUCAACGUCACUUCUAAACACACCAAAGACCCCUCAUAUUUCACAAACUGCUAGGAGUCCUCUAUUUACACCUAGUAUACAAAGGCGUGUUUGUGAAGUGCAGGACAAUGCGCCUUUCAUUCAGUCACCCAUACCGUUGAAACCAGCACUGCCCUCUCACAGGAAAGGUGCUCAGUCACCCUCUCCACUCCCAAUAUGGACAGCAUUGGCUCUGAAGAGUGAAGCUGAGCGCCACUCAACCUCUGAUGUUCCUUCAACUCCUGCUGCAAAGAGGAGGCUCGAGCAGGAACCAGACUAUGCAAAAACUGCUGAAGAACCCAUGGACUUGAGCGUAAAGUCUGUGGCUGAGUCAACAAAUUUAAACAACUCUGCUCAACAUUUCCUUGUGAAUCCAAACACUGGUACUACUAAAAGUGCAUUCAGAAUGUCUACUUCUUCUGUGGGACUAUCUCAGUCAUUAGACAUUGGGUCGCUUUCUCUAAGAGCCAACACUAUGAGUACUCCAGUCAUUUCCCAGACUGCCCCAUCCCCUCAUCCAAGCAGCAUGUGUACUCAACCAACUCAGGAAAUCCCGUUGUAUAAAGAAGUGUUGUCAAUAGCAAAUGAGCAAAGGUACCGAGAAGCUGUACUGGAUGAUGAGUGCGCUCGAUACUGUUGUCGUCUGCAGGCCACUCAGCCACUGAGUUUUUGGUUUGAAAGAGGGUAUGUCAACCCUGUGGCAACUGUUCUUUCCCAUGGAGAUGAAAUGCACUUUGUACCUAUACACGAGGAGAGAUUCACUGCAGUGUCUGUGGGAGAGGGUUCAGCAUUCUAUUCCUACUCUCCUUGACGUGUGGAUCCCUACCCCCAGUGACGUGUGGAUCCCUACCCCCAGUGACGUGUGGAUCCCUACUCGCUGCGACGUGUGGAUAGUGUGCACCAAAAACAACACAGCUCAUCCUAUCUCCCGGGGAAUAAGAAAGAUUACAUGGAAUAUAUGGACUUUACUAGUAAUAUAGAAAUAAAGAGCAAAAGUGGUAUUGGAACAAUUUGUUGACAUUUUGAUAAAGAUGCAGAAUUACUUGACCUUGAAGAUAAGGUUUAUUGUUUGACCUUGACCUUGAAAGAAACAGAACUGGAAGUGCAUUGUUGGGAUGAUGCUGUCAAAGAAAAUGUUACAUUGACAAGGAAUUUUUUACUCAGUACAUUUAUAUGGCAGGGAUUGUUUUUUGAAUGGAUUUUGUCAUGAUACGGGUCAAGGGUCAAGGUGAUAUGGGAUACUGGAAAAUGUUACUUGCCGUUGUUUUUACUGUUGGUUGUAUGGUAUUUUAAUGUGUACCUAUAUGAUAGUAUUAUGAAUGUUGUAUUAUGAGAUAUAUAUUACAACGCCGACAUAAUUGCUCUUGGUGCAUUGUGAUUGAUUGACUUGUUCCCUUCACCCUUUAUAGAGUAGAGAACCAGUUCAUUGAAUGUGGUUAAAGGAUGGGAAAAUUGUUUUUAAGAAAAAUUUUGCAAGUAGACGACAGUAUUAAACUUUGUGAAGUUAUUGAAAAAUGAAUUCAUUUGAUUAGAAUAAAUUGUGAUAACAGCCUUCAAUGUUUUGUAAUGAACAUUUACCAAGUAUAGAGAAACCCAUAACGGCCACUCGCUACCAACAAACCUAGUUCAGAAAUGAUGAAAAUGGAUACUAAAUUUAUCUCCAUGAUUGUAAAAGUAAACUGAAUAAAUUUCAUUGCAUGGAAUUUGUUUUUUACCACAAUUUCUCAAUUAUGUCUAAUACAUAGAGAAUACUUUAUAUAGAGUUAUAUAAGAAAAAGCAAUAUAUCACAAUUUUUGAUAAAAAAUAUACAAGUUCCUAAUGUUUUAGGAACUUAAUGCUUGUACUAAUGAAAACCAGAACAAGCCAAACAAUUUAUAUAUCAACCUUUUGUUUGUAGCAGGUGCCCUUAAAUUAAUAAGUAUAAUUUGCAUAUUGUUUCUUCAUUGGUUUAUUUAUGAAAUCACAAAAGCAAACAUCUUUUCAGAAUUUGUCCCUCUUGCUGUGCAAUAUUAGAGUGCAUGAACACUGACUUAGGUAUAAUGGACUUUGUUCAUCAUAUCUUUUGACAGAUUACAAAGGCAUUAUAUGGAUAUAUUCUACUUGUCAGACAAAAUUAUGUUCAAAAUCUGUAAAUUAUAGCAAGUCUCUCUAGGACAAUAAACAGUUUAUUGUGUGUUAAGAUUUAAAAUCUGAUAUUAGGUAUAAACAUUCCCACCUGUAUCUAACCAACAUUCUCACAGAUCAUAUUAGUAAGUAAAUAAAUUAAAGAAGUUUUCCCUAGCUUGACCAACUGAAAUCAAUUUCCCUGAUCCCCAAGGUUUUUUCACACAUGUUUUUAAAAUUUUUAUUUAUUUUGAUUAUUUCAUUUGGAAAUUUAUAAAUAUUUAUUUAAAAAAUAAUUUGCAUUUUUUUCUCUGAAAGCUGUAUUUCAAAAAGCUGAAAUGCAGUGAUAAAUUUUGAUAUUACAUAGGUACAUAUUGGAAUCUUUUAGAACAUGAUUUUAUUUAUGGUAAGUAUUCAUUGUUCAACAUUGAAAAGGGCUGUGGUCACACUUAGUCCCAAACAUUUAAAUUAGCAUGUAAUACUGUGUUGACAAUCAGAUUUAUAUGCAUAGGUGAUUAAAAGUUGAUAUUAUAUAAUCUAUAAAUAUUAAGAGUACUAAUACAUGUACUAACAAUUAGGAAUUGAUCUGUUAGUUUCAUUACAUUGUUUUGCCUCAAGUCAAUUUAAUAUAUCUCAACAUGAUAAAAGAGCACAAUUUAAUUUGUUUUACGAUCUUGAUCUUCAAGACACUUAUUUAAAGCAUCUGGAUGAUCUUGACUUCUUUUAGAAAAAAAAAGAUAAUUAUGAAAAACUAUGUCAUGGUGCACUGAUAAAUGAAGAAGGUUCAAGGACAAGGGGGAUUUGCUUUGAAGAAAAAUUUAUUUGGAUAUACAUGACUAUAAAUGGCACACUAUAAUUGAUAUGCAAAGCAAUUAAUAAAUGCUAUAAAAUAUUAUAAGUUGAAUUGGAAGUUUUUAAGGGGAUCAUGGUACAUGUAUUGUAAAUUUGAAUCAUAUAUUGUAUGCUAAUGUUUUUUGGGGGGGGAAAUCAUGUCAAAAUUUCUUAGUUGAAGUUGAUGGUAUAUAGUUUUGAAAUGCAUUUAGUUUUAGCUCUUACAAGACAAGGCAUUCAAAAGUAGUUAUUUGCUCUCAUAGAUCUCUGCAACUGAGAUUAAGGAAAAUUUAAUUUAACAUUAUAUUGUACAGUUUUUGUGUAAACAUUUUGAUUCAGGUGUUUGUUGAUAAGUAUGGAGAGCUGUGAUACAUGUAGAGUGAUUCUUAUAUGUUAUACACUACAGCCUUCUCAGAAAGACACCCUAGGGGAAACAAGAAAUAAUAGGUGCUAUUGGGUUUUUUUUUUUUUUGGUUUUUUUUUUUUUUUUUUUGUAUUCUGUAACAUAUUGUGAGAGACAAAUCAUGGGAUUACCUCAAACAUAAGUUAACAUCAGAAGCAAACUGCAAAAAUAAAAAAUAAAGAUGAUAACAGAAAUGUUCAGGUGUUUGGAAAAGGCACCCCAGGACUGUUUUGUUAUUGCAUACACAAAUGUUAUCUGAUUUUGAUAAGUUCUGUGGUUUUAUUUGUGGAUAUGUAUUCUGUUUAUUCUGAAUAUGGAGUCUGAGGAAUAGAUUAUUUCCAGCCAAUUUGCUGCAUUCAUUCUCUCUCUCUCUCUCUCUCUCUCUCUCUCUCUCUCUCUUCUUUAUUAGGUCACCUGAGUGACUCAGGUGAUCUAUUGCUAUUGGUUUGUGUCCGUGGUCGUGCUCAACAAUUGAACAUUUUUAACUUCUUGAUAACUACCAUUCCAAUUCUUUUCAAAUUUGGUAUGAAACAUCUUUGGGACAAGGAAGACAUUAAUUUGAAAUUUCAGGAUUUGUGCACCCCCAGGGCCUUAAGGGCAGGACAAAAUCUGUCGAGCAUUUGAUAAUUUUCAAAAACAAAAUCUCUACAAUGUACUGCACAUCAGUAAGAAAAACUUCUGCAUAGUCAUGUAGAGCAGGAAGGCCUAGCUGUGCCAAAAUUGAGAAUUUCAUGAUCUUAGCGGUAGGGGUUUUGGUACCAAGGAGGGGCCAAAAUUGUCAUAGUGAGCAAAUGUCUUUAUCAUUUAAAAGAUGUUUUCUUUCGUUUUGCUAAAACUAUUUGAGAACUAAAUGCAUAUUUAGGAAAAACAGAAAGGGAUGUACCAAAAUUGUGAAUUUCACGUCCCCAGGGACUUGAAGUGUCCAAAAUAGUCAUAUACCCGGUAGUAUUAAUAUACAUGUACUAUGUAAAGUCUUUCAUCGGUAUGGGCACUUUCAGGGUCAUUUGUGUUUUAAGAACACAUCUUGUCAUAUACUGUUGCUGAAUAUUAAAAUUUAGCUUAGAUAUGCAGAGCAGGAGAAUUGUUACAGAUUUCGCAGCCCUUGGGGCUAGUGAUACUUUUUGACUAAUACUCAGGUGACUGAUAAGGCCUGUGGACCUCUUGUUUUCUUCACUGUGGUACAAAAGCAAGCAUUUGAAUGGUAGUUUUAAUUAGUUUACACAGUCUGGGGUUCACCUUCACCAUGGUAACGGGUGCUGGUCACCUUGGUUACUACGUCACUGUUGUGCUUAUUGUUAGUUAUGCUACAGAACGAAGACAUUACAACAUUGCGUUUAGCUUAACCUUGUCAAAGUGUUUGUUCAAAAAAGAUUUUACAUUGAUUUUGAAAAGAAAAGUUCGCCAAACAAUGCUAACCUUGGUUUUGCUUGUUGCUAUUCAUCAGAGGAGCAUUCAGUAGACAGGAUUAACCCUGAAAGCAAAUAACUGGCAUCGGUGUCACUAAUUGAUCUAAGAUAUUUCAAUAUCUUCUUUUGUUUGAAACUAUAUCAUUGAUUUUUUUUCAUUAAGCUAAUUGCAAUUUGUAAUGGACUGAACAUGUUUGUGUCAACAUUAGUCAUUGUGCAAAUUCAGUUUUCAGUGAUCUCAAAAUGUAUAGUAACUACAUGCUUUAUAGGGAGACCCUAAUGUUUUCAACAUUCCCCCCCAAUAGAAUUUACACAUCUUUAUGUGACCAACAUACUGGAAUGAGAAAUUAAUCAUUAAACGGAUCAUUAGCUAUUAUUACUGGUGUUGACUUGAGCGUCUGCUCAGUUUGAGUUUUAUUUCAAACUUUUCUGCUGAUUUGUAGUUUUUUGUUGGAGCUGAAGAGCAUCAGAUUAAGUCUUUCUACUGGCUUUAUAAACUUCUGGUAUUUCGUAUAAAGAAGUGACAAUGUCAAGAAGAAAAAUCAUGUUUGUUUCUCCAUUUAAAAUGGAUCCAUUUGCAACUCCAUGAAAGAAACGGAUCUUCUGAUUAUAAUUGCAGUUCUUCAGAGAUAUCUUGUACAUGCAUGGUUAUACAAAAAUUCAUUUUUCAUAAAAUAUGUUACCAAUCUUGGUGUAAAUCUUAUUACCUGUAUGGCAAAAUUAAUGCUUGUUUUCAUUUGGUUUGGUUUGGGGGUUUUUCAACCAAAAACAGUAAAGGAUUGACACACAAUAUUAUCUACCGAAUCUUUAAUCAUAAAUUUUGAACAAGAUAGGUAUCCUAAAGGUCACAAUCAAAACUUUAACCUAGGUCAAGGUGAGAGCUAUGUGUCAAGGUUAAAUUUGAUGGAAUAGCAUUUCAUUAUACAUUUCUUGUUUAUAGGCUACUGAGUUUAUUUGUGUUUUUCCUUGGACUAGAAUGAUGCUUUAUCAUUGGAUAAAACGUGUCACGUAUUAUUGACGUUUAAAAUUCUUUAGACAUCAAGUAGCAAAAUUUAGAUGGCAACAUGGCAUCCAGAACGUCCUUUUAAUUGUAUUUCUUUCUUGUACAUAUUUACGUUUAUUUAUUUACACAUAAGACAUAACACUUAGGUUUUUUACUGACGGUCUAUAUAAAAAUUUCAGUUUCGCCUCGCCCUCUAUGGAUUUUAACAACCCCACAAAUUUUUUAUAGACAGUCAGUAACCAACCUAAUAAGUUAUGAUAUGUGCCAAGUAUCCUGCAACCACCAAAAUACUGGGCAACGUAAUCAGUUGUUUCAUCUUCAGUUGUAUUUUUGGGGGGAAACAGAUUUUUUUUCUUCUAAAUUAUGGCAUCAUAGGCUUAAUUCUGAUGCUCUUUUUAAAAAUGUUGUCAUUGAGAAUGUAUUUAACAAUGGUUCCCAGACAGUGAAUCAAAAGGUCUUCUCGUUACGUGACAUGAAUUUGCUUGAUUUUACAAUCAUUGUGCUUUUACUGUGGUAAGAUUGCACAUUCUGUGUGUGUUCACCUCAGUAAUUCCACAGUGUUUUAUUGGGAUUCCCAGGUUUAUUUUGUUAUUGUCCAGUUUAUAUAUAUAUACCUUGUUUCUUUUCACAGUUGUCAGAAAAAUCAGGCUUUUAUAGAGAAACAAAGACAAUGUUUUCAAAAUAAAUAUAAAUGAAUAUAAA